CUGCAUCACUUCCUGCACAGGGGAGAGAGGCGCGAGCAGUGAUGAGUGGGCAGACCAGCGUCACGCAAGAUAGCAAAUCUGGACUUGCCAUGCUUAUGAAACAACAACUGUCACAUCCUCUGAGCUGCACCCGUUUCCCACGCCAGCAAAAAUCCAUGCAACGCUGCUUUUGAGAGAUGAAAAAUCAUACAGCUGCUUACUGCCAGUUUUAACGAUGACAUGGCGCGCAGCCAUUAGACUGUUGUGUAAGAUUAUGUAGAGAACUGGAGAGAAGACUUCAGUGUUUAUAGAAGUAUGAGAGAAGGCACGGUUCUGGUUCCUGGGUGGAGAUAGCUGGAGGGUAAUACAGUGGCACUGAUCAGCACAUAUCAUAUCCUUUCUGGCAGCAGAUUCUGGAUCCCUCCAUUUCAUCCAGUUUCCCUCACCCUGCAUACAUGCACCUGCACGGUCAUUCAGUGUCCAAGUACAAGGCUGAUUAAUAAGUUGUGCAGGGUUGUACUCAUCAAAACCUUUUGUACUCUUGCCUCUAGUGGCGGGGGGGUCAGUCAGUGUAAAAACAUCUGGCUUGAUUUGCUCCAGAUGUUCAUUUUUCUUCGCUAUUUAACAGUUUUUGAGGCAAGUUGUGCUCUGUUACAUCGCUGUCUGAAUGAUACCUGAAGGAAAUUAAACGAAACAAGUAUUUUCCCCUUUAAAACCAAACACUUUUGGCAUGCUGAUCCCAUGAGUAUUCUUUCAGCACCCGAGUAGAUAACUCCACCCCCACUCUGCCCUAAAUGCACAACGACUGCAAUUGUGGCGUUGUUUGGAUCCUCCACCAACAUGUUUUUCUAGACUGCAAUGCUUUUUGUGCACACAGUAAAGUUCAGGAUACUUAGUCUGAGCCAGCCAUUCAAGGGAUCUACAACCAUCUCUGACGCCCUGGGGAGAGGGGACAUCCAGCCCCAGCUGGACAGCGCUGUGCAGGAUGUCAACGACAAGUACCUGCUGCUGGAGGAGACGGAGAAGCAGGCGGUGCGGAGGGUGCUGGUGGAAGAACGCGCGCGCUUCUGUGGCUUUGUCUCCAUGCUCCGGCCUGUCGUGGACGAGGAGAUGUCCAUGCUGAGUGAGAUCAUUCAUCUUCAGACCAUCGCAGAUGACCUCAAAACUCUGACCAUGGACCCCCACAAACUUCCCCCAGCGAGUGAGCAGGUGAUCCAUGACGUGAAGGGCUCAGAUUACAGCUGGUCUUACCAGACUCCUCCUUCCUCACCAAGCACUACCAUGUCCAGGAAGUCCAGUAUGUGCAGCAGUCUGAACAGUGUGAACAGUAGCGAUUCGCGUUCCAGCGGCUCACACCCUCACUCCCCCUCCACCCACUAUCGCUACCGUAGCCCCGCCCUGACGCAGCCGCCACCCGGCAGACUUGCCAGCGUCUCCUCGCACGACUCCGGCUUCGUCUCGCACGACGCCUUCCAGUCCAAGUCACCCUCGCCCCUGCCCCCUGACCCGGCCCCACAGCAUACAGCCUCCAGCUCUGGCUCAUCGGACGCCUCCGAGACGUGUCAGUCCGCCAGCGAGUGCAGCUCUCCCGCAUCCCUUGGCUCGGUCGGAGCCGCCGCCGCCUCCUCUGAAAAGUUGUCCAACGGCUUCGACCGCUACGUCCUGGGAGAGCCCGCCUACCCCUUCCUCCCCCCUUCUUCCUCCAUCUCCUCUUCAUCCUCGUCCUCGUCUUCCACCCUGAGGUCGUGGUCGCGGCCAGGCUCUGUGCUCCUCCCAGACUACCCCCUUUACUGCGCACUUGGCUCUGGCGUACUGCCCCCCUCCUCCAAGGUCCCCAGCUGGAAGGACUGGGCUAAGCCAGGUCCAUAUGAUCAGCCCAUGGUGAACACACUGAGGAAGAGGAAGGAGCCCAGGGAGGUUUCGGAUCACUGUGGCCCCGGGCCCUAUUACCAGCUGCCACAGGCAGCCUCCUUCCCCGAGGACGGACCCAAGACCAGGAGCGCCUUAGUAACACCAAAGGUGAUGAUGGAAGAGAUGGAAGCACGUGAAGAGCUGGCUCUGGCUCUGUCUCGUGGGCUGCAGCUGGACACUCAGCGCUCCAGCAGGGACUCCCUCCACUGCUCCAGUGGCUACAGCACUCAGACCACCACUCCGUGCUGCUCCGAGGACACCAUCCCCUCUCAGGGUACAUGCGCAGUGUCUGACUAUGACUAUUUCUCGGUGACUGGCGACCACGAAGUGGACCAGCAGGACUUUGACAAAUCCUCCACCAUCCCGCGCAACAGUGACAUCAGCCAGUCUUACCGCAAGCUGUUCCAAGCCAAGCGUCCCGCGUCCACAGCCGGCCUGCCCUCCACGCCCGGCCCCGUCAUCGUCACGCCCGGGGUAGCCACCAUCCGCCGGACCCCCUCCACCAAACCUUCCGUCCGGAGGGCAAUGCCCGGUAUCGGUCCCAUCCCCAUCAAAACGCCCGUCAUCCCGGUCAUGACCCCAACUGUGCCUGACGUCACGGGGGGCAUCCGGACCCCCGGGGAGGAGGGCGAGCAGCCAGCCAGCCCUGGUUCGCCCACCCUGGAUGAGGACUCAGAACAAGAGGCUGCCCUGCCCGUGGCCUCCUGGAGCGGCCAGGCCUCCACCAAUCCCCCUCUGCCCCUGGGGCAGCAGGUGUUGGGCCUGGAGGCACUGGAUGGGGAGCUGGAGGAAGACGAGGAUGAGCUGGACCUGGCCGAGCCACAGGGAGACACCAUGCUCCUCGCCAUCCGGCGCGGUGUCAAGCUGAAGAAGACGAUGACCAACGACCGAUCCGCACCGCGCUUCGUAUAGGAGGACAGCGACAGUUCUUGUAACUUUAUUAAGCUUCAUUUAAGAUUCAUUGUGACGUCGUUGUGGGUUUCACUACGCCGGUGGUCUGUCAGCCUCUGCUUUGUCCAGCUUCAUGUGGGAUGCACAGAGGGACUCGAUCCCCUGGAUGGCCUCUGCAGAAUGUCGCAAACCAAUAUGGAGAGACAACACAUGGCAAAAAGGACAAUACCUUUCCUUGUUGUAUACCCCGUGUAGAAUUGUCACUGUGGCCUCUUUGAACUUGCCAGCUCUCCCUCGCUCUCUCUCUCUCAUGCUACUAUUUUCUGCAGUCUUUCCCCUUCCACUCUCUUGAGGUGCCAAAUUGUGCCGUGUUGUGUGUUAUGUUCUGACUGCUCUGCGGAUGAGACGAGGCCUUGGCCGGACAUCCCCCCACCCAUACCUCACUCUCGUCCCACUCAGCAGUGACGCCGCAGGGCCUCCUGACUUCUUGACUGCUCAGGUGCAGCUGCUGUCAGCCUGCUAUUUCAAAGCAAUACUCUGCAUAAAUCUGCAUAACACAAGUUUCCUAUGUGCCAUGAAGAAUCAGUACAUGACUCUCUACAGAGAGACUAAGUGUUCAUCCUGGGAGCAAUGAAGUAAUGAAGGCUUGAAGAAACCAUGCAGCGAGUCAGAGGCGCGUGUCAAAGGCCGGUUUAUUUUCUUAUGUUCAGACUGUUUUACGUUUCAAGAGAAAGUACUUGUUUUUAAUGUGUGUUCUUAUGCACAUAUAUCACAAAUGCAUGUCACCUUUCCCCUUGAUAAGUUGGCUGAUUUAAAUCUUUUUACACCGUCAGUAAUAUAUAUUAAGUUAAACUCAUAAGCGGUUUAAAGGCAUCGAUUUCUUAGUUCUUUGUAAAAAUCUAUUAAGCUUUUAGAAAUCAGGGCCCUGAGGGAAUAGUUUAGUGAUGAGCACAAGCCCUUUUACAGUGUGUACAGAAAUGUAAAUAAUGACGGGGUAAUCGGUGACCCACCACCUUUUAAUUUAUUCACCUGCUCAGUUCUCUGAUUUGCUCUGUCAGAUCUGGUUCUUUCAUGUAUGUAUGCUGUGAAAUAUGUUGUAUUUUAUGUUAAUACGCUGAUUUAAUUGCCCUUAAAAAAAAGUGUGCGCGAGCACACAUGCAUACACACACUUUCACCCACUGUCUGGUUGUUCUCGCAUUCAUAAGCAGGGUCCACUGUUGUCGGCGAUGGUAUGCAGGGCUGCCUCAGGAGCACUGCUAACCUUGGAGAGCAUGUUUGGGGGGGGGCUGUUGCAGACAUCUGAAGUAACACGUCAGCUAAGCUGCAUACAAUCUGUGUACGACCACAGAACAUCUGGAGAGCUCGUCAGUGGGUCGCUGGCGGUGCUCCCACCUCGCUGUGGUGUCGAGCAUUACAACAACCACUUUCUUGUUUAGCAUUGCUCUCCAAGCACGAAUGCUGACUCGCUGGUUUGGAGCUUACCUGCAUAAAAUUAUACCAGGGUUCACACUUUCAAAAUAUCAAAGUAGAAUUUUGUAUGGGCUCUGAAAACUGCCUGUCACUCAAAAUGUAUCCAUGGGAACAAGCAGAAAUGGCCUGGACCCUGUCCUCCAUUGCACACGUCUGUAUCUCUUCUGCUUACGUUGUUCUCCCACACCACUGUGUAUGUUAAUUCUUUGAUUUUUGACUUAAUCUGCUGGAAUUUCCAUAAACGUGCAGCUAAAUGAUUGAUUUUGUCUGCUUAGAACAGUAGUGUAAAACAAAUUCAUUGUCAUCUGUGACUUGUGUAAUUAAUCUUUAGUUAAUGAUUAUUUAAAACAGGUGGUCUGUUUUCUGUUCUUCCUCAUUGUUGUAUUGAACUGUGGAACAUUUGUGUUCGUUUUAGAUGAAUCCACAUAGAAAAAAAAAAAACACCACUACUUAGCUUCUCCUGCUGGUGCUAAAAUCGCUGUGUGCGAUACAGAAGCUAUAUACAGUUCUCAGUCGCAAACCAUCAGUUGAACCAAUUGAAAGAUACUGCUGUAAAACUGCCAUUUACACACAGCACCUGUUGGCUGGUUAGCCACAGUGCUUUGGUACUUGCCUUAGUCUGUUGGUUGUCAAGGGUUAGAUUAAAGCUAUGAUCAGUAAGUUUUACAGCUAAAUUGUAAACUACCCAAAGUUAAGCUCUUGAUUUACACAUCAAAAUGUUAUUUUUCUGGGUGGUGGAUUGGGACACAUGAGGUCAAAAUCAGCUACUGAAUGAAUAAUAACCAUCUAAAUGAAAGCUUGUUUUAAGAAAUCAAAGAGGCUCUUGCUUUAUUGCAUAUUUCUCCAAAAACUAUAACAAAAGUAAAAUUAAAUAAACUGGCUUUGAAAAAUCCAACCCUAAAACAUCCUGACCUUAGCUUUUAAAAUACAUGUAUUGGCUAUGUUUUAAAUAGCACUCUAAAUUGGCAGUUUGGUCAUUAUUCCUAUACAGAGUAGUGUUAAAAACAUGGGACACAAACCUCAUCACCACCCCCGUCCAUACGUCUGUGGACCAAUCCAUUAAACUGUAUUAGAAACCACAUGUGCAAUAUUCUGAAAUUACUUUAUAACUUGGUGGAUACUUGUAUGCAUAUGAUGCUAUAAACCUGUAGGUAAAAGCUGUUUCAAUAUUGUCUGCAUAUAGGCAGUUGAAUAGCUGUGUACAGCUAGAGAACAUCUAUGGCCCUUUUUUUAGUCUGCCAAAGUCUAUGUAUACUAAAUGCUUGGGUUUUUUUCCUUCUCUCUCCCUUCAUAUUGCAGAGGACGAUAAGUAAUGUGGGUCAUCCAUGACUUUAUUUAAAAUAUAGCGUAGUUUAUACUGAGAGGUGACCCGUUUUCCUGUGCUAUUACACUAACUUUGUAUUGUUUUCCAGUAUAAUGACUGCUUCAGCAUACAUUAAAGACAAAGCACAUUGA